AUGAGUCCUGCCAACACCCACCCCAAUAGUAGUGGAAGGAAAUUUCACUAUUCUCUCUCUCUCUCUCUCUCUGUGCACUCAUAUACAUUUCUCUCUAUUGUACUGCUUCUAGCAGCAGCCCAUACACCUCUUCAUCCUCCACUACGUUUAGGCAGCAGCAGGAGUGCCCAUCAUUAUAAACCUGUAUGGGGCUGCAGAGUGUACUUGUCCAUGCCAGUAGGAUCUCAUCACAGCGGCAGAGUGAGAGGCACACCGUACAGCUUAAGGAACACUGUCCAUAACGAUCAACGCAGCAUCGGGAAUGUUAUCAGCAACACCAUAAACAACAACAAAUCAGCAAGCACCACCAAAAACACCAAUGAUCACCGUGUGGAAGAAGUGCAUCAUAAUAGCAACAACAUCCGGAACCGUUGCUACUGA